UCAGCCCAACAGAUUCUGCGUUGUUGCAGAGUCACUGCGCUUGGUUCGUGUGUAAACAACAGGGGAGAGAAAGAAAAGUCUCGAACUAGGCCAGCAAAUUCUGCCUUUUUCCAAAAUCGUCUGUAAUGUAACUGAAAUUGUAGAAACCUUACUGUAAGUUUGUGGAAAUACAGUUUUAUUCUAAAAAGGCCAUACAUCUUGUUAGUCGUGUGGGUGGUUGUUGAGGAACGAGCUAGGCUAGGUAGCUAGCUACAUUUAGCCAUUUAGUCUGUCUGUUCUGUUAGCUUAGCCCAGCGGGCUAGCUGUAUUCGAGGGCCCGUUCAACGCAUCGCCCUGGUUGGAAGUCCUUGCAUGUCAAGGCAGUCUUCACUCUGGACUGUGGGCAGGAUUUCCUAAGCCUGCGUCUGUGUGUGUUUUAGCUGGGUGGCUGGUCAGAACUACCUCCUCCCACCAUGGAGAGAGGGGGGAAGGACUGCGAGGAGGACACUCUCCAAACGGCCUUCAAGAAGCUACGGGUGGAUGCUGAAAGCCUGCCUGCUGCUGUGUGUGUCUCAGAGGCCUUGAGUCCCAGAGCUGGGUCUCAGGUGUGUACAGAGAUGGGCGGGGCCAGACCCAAGCUCAGCUGCCCUAAAGAGAACUGGCAUGGCUGUAUGAGGAAGUCCUCCAGAGGAGUGGUGAGGAGCCAGAGGAGGAGAAGGUCCAAGUCUCCCAUCCUCCACCCUCCAAAGUUCACCUACUGCAGCUCCAAGAUGUCGCCCCCUUCUGGUCAACUCAAGCACCAGCGCCUGGCUGUGGACCUGGACACAUGUAGCCCCUCCCCUCUCUGUGCCCCGCCCAGAAGGGAACAGCUGCUGUCAUCCAGCCACACCCCCUCUCCAGUGUUUGGAGCACCUGGAUAUGAGCCCCUCCCCCAUGCUUCUGCUGCCUCUCCGGAAGGUUCCGCCUCCACCCAUCUGGACGGCAGCCCCAGAAGGGCCCUGUCUGACGAGGAGAGCAGCCCAGAGACAGGUGCUUGUGCUGGGGCAGACCCUGGCGUUGAGGCUGGGUCCGGGACGGGAGCCUCUGACUUCCAGGCCCUGUGUAAGCUCCACGAUGGUGAUGGCGGGGCUCCAUGCCCCUGCCCUCAUGACGAGGGAGAGGGAUCCUGCCGGUGUCACUGUCCUGGGUGGCAGGGUGUGGAGGUGUACUCCUUCACUGGCCUCCGCGAUGUCAUCUCCGAGUGCGAGAGGAACCUGACCAGUCCCGAGGACGCCUCCACCGCCCCUCCGCACCGCAGAACUCAGGCCGCAGGCUCCGCCGCUCCCAGCACCACAGCUGUGACGUCAUCAUCAGGCUCCCCACGCUCCUGCUCCGAACAGGCCCGGGCCUACGUUGAUGACAUCACUAUAGAGGACCUUUCCGGAUACAUGGAGUAUUAUCUUUAUAUUCCCAAGAAGAUGUCGCAUAUGGCAGAGAUGAUGUAUACUUAAAAUGAGAUAAGGAAAUUGAUCAAUAUGGGGAUGGAGUAAGAGAGGGUCAGCCAUGGAGAUGUAAUUUAAAUACUAAGGUCUAAUAACAGCAGCUGAGUGCACCACUGCAGUAUCAGUUCAGUUGUUUUCUGUUUCAAUCUACCCAUACUAGCUUGUUAUCUUUUCAUUACUUUAUUUUUUUGGGGUUUACAAAUGAAGUUGCCAAAGCUUUGACCCUUGCAGACCCCUGCAGCUGGGAUAUGUUGGUAUGUGCAGGCUUGUGAUACCAUGCGUGAUUGUCGUUCAAACCACAAGAACAGGGCCACACCCUCUGGAGAUUCCAAUUCAUUCAAUAAAAUAUUUUUUGUUGAAAACGAA